UCUUCUUCCAGGACGAUCUCGCGCUCUAUCAGGACGUGUCGUUCAGCGUGGUUGAGGGCCGUGUCCUGCUCAAGGGCAGCGUGCCGACACACGAGGACCGCACCGCGCGAGUUGGGUCGCCCGGCAGGCCACCGGCAUUAGCGAGGUCAUCAACGAGAUGCAGGUGACCGCCGAGAGCGGAAUCCUGAACUACGCGCGGGACAGGUGGAUAUCGCUGCAGGUCGACGCCAAGCUCCUCCUCGAUUUCGAUAUCCUGUCGAUCAACUAUGACGUCGAGACCGUCAACGGCACGGUCUAUCUCUUGGGGAUCGCGCAAAGCGAAGACGAGCUGAAGAGGGUCGAGGAGCACGCCAGCAGCAUCGGUGGCGUGAAGGGCGUCGUGAGCCACGUGGUCAUGAAGGACGAUCCGCGCCGACCGGCGCGACCCUGA